UUGGCGUCACGUUCCAAUUCCAAAUUUCCAAGUGUACUGCCUCCGCGUUCUCUCUAAGCUUCUCAUCUCUUCUGCGCCCUUUCCAGUCGGGUUUCUUUUGCAGCAAUGGCAGAUAAACCCAGUCGAGCUCUGGUUAUUUUCGGUGAUGGGUUGGCUCGCUCUGUCGAUCAAUCUCACAUCCAUCUACAUGCCCUCGCAUCCCUAUCUUCUUGUGGGUUUUUGUCGCUUCCCAAUGCUCCUCCUUCAGAUUGCAGAGAGGAAAAGCGGAUGAUUCGAGAGCUUGCACUUCUAUUUGACGUCAACAAGAGUGGGGACGGUUGCGAAGGAAUUAGUCAGAGAAAGUCCAUACCUGAAAGGUUCAUGGGAAUGAGAGCUGCAUUACUGACAAAUAAUUCAAGUGUGCAAUAUUUGGGCUCUGAACUUGGCAUCUCUUCGUUGCGACUGGAUGAGUUGAUGCAAAUGAACCAUCUUGGGUUGCCACCGGUUGACUUUCUGGCCUCUGAAUUGCUGAAGAAGCUUGGCUUUCAAGAUGGGAAAAUACAGGAUACAAGUGAGUUUGAUUUAUUGUUUGUGCAUAUAGGAGUUGGUGACGAAGACAAAACAGCUUCGGAUGAAAUGAAAUUUAUUGAUGCUUUGGUUGGUGAUAUAUUGGAAAAGACUCGGCCUGGUUCAGAAAUUGGUUCCCGUUUGCACUUGUCCCUUCUGAUGAGCUAUGGACAUGUCUUUAAGGAUGAUGAAAGCAGCUUGUCUGUUUUGACUUCCAAAGGUGUGCAAAAUUCUGAUUUGUCAGUGCUCUUUCCUCGUCAAAGUUACACGAUGAUGGGGGAGGUCCUGCGGACUGAUGUUCGGCACCAUUCACCCAUGUUAGCUGCUCAGUGGCAAUACGGAGUAACCCGCAAAGAUAAAGCAGAAUCAUUUUCUUUCAAGGAGUUUAAAGAGCAAGGUUGCAACCUAGUAAUACCAGCCGACAGAUUUAUACAUGAGGUGGCAUUUAAGCUUUGGAAGGCCCCCAAGUAUGGAGCUUGAGAUGCACAACCCCUCAAGACUAUUUUCAAAAUGAGAAUAAGUCCCUAAGCACAAGUGUUGCUUGGGGGAGUACAUUGCCAGAAGCACUUUUAAGUAACUUUUAAGUAUUCUAAAUACUCGAGCUUAUAAUUUGAUGCUUGAGAAAAGCAAAUCUUUGAGCGCUGCAAUUUUUGUAGAUCGGCUUCUGUUUAUAAGAAUUGCAUUGUAAUGAACUUCAGUUUCAAUUUGGAAAUUAUUGCAAAUGCAUUUUGCUUUUCAAGAUGAAAGAUUCAUCUAUUAAAGAAAGGAGAACAGGAAGAGAAAAAAAAGAGGGAGCUAAGACAACAAUUACUACAAUGAAGUUGCAAUCAGCAACAAGUGUUAUAUUGCA